AUGGUUCCUCAUCGGGCCAUCCAGGCGGCUCGAGAAGGGGACCUCGCUGCUCUGAGGGAUCUGGCGUCUUCCGGUUCUCUCCCCUCUGACAUUAGUGAUGCUCAGGGGGCAGGCCCGGUGCACUAUGCAGCCAGAUGUGGACAGCUGGACUGCCUGCAGCUCCUAGUUAGAGACCUGGGUCUGUCAGCGGAGUCUCGAGCCUUGAACGGGGCCUCACCAGCACACGAUGCAGCAGCUACUGGGAACAACCGGGAGCUGCAGUGGCUCGUGGACCAAGGAGGCUGCAACAUCGAGCACACGGAUGCUGCUGGUGCCACAGCCCUUCACCUGGCCGCUCGCUUCGACCACGUGGAGGUGAUCCAGUGGCUGCUCUCUGUCGGGGGCGCGGCCCAUGUGGAGACGAGCUGUGGAGCUGUACCUGCUCACUAUGCUGCAGCCAACGGGAGUCUCACCUGUUUGCAGCUGCUCAUCCAGGAAACACCUGGGUGUGUGAACCACCAGACAGGUAUGGGUGCUACCCCCCUGUAUCUGGCCUGCCAGGAGGGGCACCUGCACGUUGCUCAGUACCUGGUGAAAGAGUACGGUGCAGACGUGCACCUGAGAGCCCACGAUGGGAUGACCUGCCUGCACGCGGCUUCUCACAUGGGCCAUGAAGCUGUGGCGGUGUGGCUGGUGACGUGCACCGAUGUGGGCUUGUCCUGCCAGGACAGAGAAGGAGCAACGCCGCUGCACUUUGCGGCCAGCAGGGGGCACUUUUGCAUCUUAGAAAAGCUGCUUCACAUGGGGUCAAAGGUCAUCAAGGACUACUGGGGAGGGACCCCUCUUCAUGAUGCUGCAGAGAAUGGGGAGCUGGAGUGUUGUAAGAUCCUGUUGGCUCAUGGAGCAGACUCCACAGAUCAGGACAUUGAUGGGUUCACAGCAGCAGAUCUAGCAGAGUACAACGGACACGCUGAGUGUGCACGAUAUCUCCGUACCAAAGAGAAAGAUACGUGCGCUGAUAAGCCCACUGAGUUAAUCUUGCCAGUGGAGGAGGAGGUGAAGGUGAAGCCAGCGGUGUUGAAGCACAGCAGAGAGGACUACUACGGGAGCCUGAGUGAGGACUGCAGGGUCGGGCACGACCACAACACACACAUGGAUAGUUUAAAGCAACCUGAGUGUGAGGAGCCACCGGAGGCCAGAUACCCUCAGCCUUCACCCCCCCGGGCUUCUCCCUCCCUUACCCAGCCUGGGAGGACUGCAGUCAGCAGAAUAGAGCAAGUUCAAAUUGCAACAUCUGUUAUUAAAGGUUUUCAUCAGUCCACGGAAGCUGGGAGCGAGGGACCGCUCUCUGAUGACAAAAUGUUUCUUGAUAAGAAGCUUCUGUCUGAAAGAAAACUGCUUGGUAACAUGAAGUCCAUUAAAUCUUUGAGCGAGUCAGGAAUGUCAGGAGUCUUCAGUGGACAAGCAAGUAAGAUGGUGGUUCUGCCCACCGAGGAGGCCAACCUGUCAGACAUCGACUAUCUGGUGCCCACCCACGAUGAGAGAGGUCACCCUAUAGCUGAGUGGAAGAGGCAGGUCAUGGUGAGGCAGCUGCAGGCGAGGCUGCUGGAUGAAGAAGAUCAGAGGAGAAGGGAAAAUGGGAACAGAUAUGCCAAAGUGAAUUGGAGGUACUCCCAAGCCCACAAUGCCAUCCUGGGGCCCUCUGGUGAGCUGUUGAAUGAGGAUGACCUCAUCUAUCUGGAACAGCAGAUUGCCAACGUCUCCAUGCAGAGGAACUGUGAGGGAUAUGAGCUGGAGCUGGCUCGUCUGGCUGAGGAGCUUAGGCACAUCCUCCCAGCCCCCAUAGUCAACAUCACUGUCAACACACAGUUCAGAAACUUCCAAAGUCAGGUUCCUCUCCCCGUUUGGUGCGGCAGGAUCUCAGGCAUUGUGAAGAGCAUGUCUCUGCUCAUGACCAACCUGACAGACCAGCCUUACUGCAAGAUGCCCAACACUGAGCUCAUCACUGUGUUUUCUCAGGCUCCAGAUAGACAGACUUCCACCAGAGUGCGCAGGGAGAGCAUAGAGGAUGAGAUCCAUCAAUUCGGAGUGUCCGUGAGGACUUUGAAAUCAAAUUUUGAGGCUCAGAAUUUUUCUUUGCCAAAUCAUCCUGAGGAGCCCAUCAUGUUUCGUCUCUCCACACACCCUGAAGGCGCAAAAUCAGACAAAGAACCUAAAGUCACGAAGCCAGCUCCAGAGACAGAUCAGAACAGUGAUUCUGGGAUUGAACAUGAUGAAAAUGGAGCAGACAUUCAGGACACCGUCAGCCUCAGAAAGGAGCGUAUAGUAGUUCUGUUUUUAGGCCACUGGAAGAAAUCUGCCUACGCAAUUACAGUUAGGAGCAAGGAUGACGUGGAGAGGAAGCUGAGCAGUGAAAACCCAGCGAUGGAUGACAAGUCUGGUUCUGGUUGCAGGGACAGUACAGAGAGUGCCCAGUCCAACAUGAUAAACAGUACCCUUGGUCACUUUUUCAAGCAGAGAAGUGCCGUCAACAAGAUGCUGGGAAACUGGAGGAAAAUGAUAUCCAGCGUUCCUUCCAGGCAAAUACGCAGGCUUCACAGACAGAAGACCCUGUUCUCCCCGGAGCAGUUCUUACCUCGUCUGGAUGGCGUUCCUGCAGAAUACGACAGCCUGACCUUAGAUCUCUUCAUGCUGGGCUACUUUCACAUCCUAGAGUUAGAUCUGCCUGUGGACGAACGCAAAAUGAGGCACUUGCUGUGCUUUGAGGUGUUCGAUCGGGUGGGGAAGUUCCCCUGGGAGACGAUCAGAGAGUUUCACAAGGCUGUUGUUCAGGACAUCGAGGCUGGGAACCGUGAGUGGAAGGAUGGGUUCGAGGACAUUAAAAUUAAGUUCUUUGGAAACGCCGUGAGUGAGUCUGAAGAAACUGUUAACGUGGUGAAACACAGCCUCCCAGAGGUUAGACAGGUCCCUAAGGUCAUUGUUCAGACGCCGACUCCUGAUGAGGGGAUGCUCUACAAAGGAACAGACAUUUCCAGUUUCAGUAAUGAAGAAAUCUGCCAGUACAUUGACCGCAGCUUUGCUUUUUGGAAGGAAAAAGAGGCCGAGAUCUUUGAUUUUGAGUAA